GUCAAACUUGUUGAGGCUCCGAACAGACUCGGACCAAACACCGGCGGUGGACGGGGACUUCAGAAAGUCGGCAAACCGAGGCAGUGAAGAAAAAUGUCUUUUAUAUUUGAUUGGAUCUACCGGGGCUUCAGCAGCGUCUUGCAAAUGUUAGGUUUAUACAAGAAGACAGGGAAGCUGGUGUUCCUGGGACUAGACAAUGCUGGAAAAACAACACUACUACACAUGUUGAGAGACGACAGGCUAGGCCAACACGUUCCCACUCUACAUCCAACGUCAGAAGAGUUGACUAUUGCUGGGAUGACAUUUACAACAUUUGACCUCGGAGGUCACACGCAAGCACGAAGAAUCUGGAAGAACUACCUCCCAGCCAUUAACGGGAUAGUCUACAUGGUGGACUGUGCUGAUCAUGAGCGGCUAGCAGAGGCUAAAGUUGAACUGGAUGCGCUGUUAACAGAUGAAACUAUCUCCAAUGUGCCCGUUCUCAUCUUGGGGAAUAAGAUAGAUCGUCCAGAGGCCAUCAGUGAGGAUGCACUCAGAGGGAUGUUUGGGCUUCACGGACACACAACUGGGAAGGGCAAAGUGUCACUGAAGGAGCUGAAUUUGAGGCCUAUGGAGGUGUUCAUGUGCAGUGUGUUGAAGAGACAAGGAUAUGGAGACGGUUUCCGCUGGCUCUCCCAGUACAUCGACUGAUUCUUUGUUUUCAUAUGUCCUGAUUUACCAUGCUGCCUAUGGACACAAAGACAUGUUUUACACAAAACUACCUGCUGUAGAGAAACGUUUUAUUCAGAAUUCUUUUAUUUAGAACUUUGUGCCAAAUUUGUUUGGUGUAGUGAUUUGGUGAUAUAUCCAGUUUUCUCCACACCUUUAAAGGAAUCUGCAGGUCGUUACAAUCUGCCCCAGCAGAUUGAAGAUGAGUUAUUACAUAGUAGUCUGAAUAAUUCAAAGGAUAAUAUCUAUCAGCUGUUACCUAAAGCCUGUGGGGAACACUGUCAUACCACAUAUGUAGCUGGACAGAUCCAUAUAGAACAUGUCAUUGCUGUGAACUGGUUCUUGACCCAAGCUUAUUUUUAUCCACUGGUGUUAUAUUACAGUGAAGGUCGAUUUGCGCUUGAAGUUUCUCCUACUUGAUUCAAGGAAAAAAGCCUUGUUGGUAGAGAUAAAACAGUGCUAUUCACUUUCCUUUUUCUUUUUUUUUUUUUUUUGAAGUAUCAUCAAUAUUUCCUGGCAGCAGAAAUUAGUUUUCUUCUUCAUGUUGACAGAAGUGUUUUUCUACACAGUAGCCUACCUCUGAGGAUACUGACAGUUUAGUGAAGGCAUGUAUUUUCUAAUAGAGUUUACCACUACAAGCCAGCCAUCCGAAUGUGACCACACGUGCAUUAGCAGACUCCUUCCUGACAGGAGCUCCAUGUUUUAGUGUGUAUGUAAAUAAUAACUUCAUCAGCACAGCCAGAUUAUGUAACAAACUGAUAGAGUGGAGAGGCUUCACUAGUUCCAAAACGGCUCAUCUUUAUGAAAUAACUCAAGUACUUUGUGAAUAAUUUCUGCUUAUGACAUGCAGAUGUAUUAUGAGAGCACUUGGGUGCUGCUUGAGAAAAGAUAUGCAUGGUAUCAUUGAUAUUUAGUGCAAUAUUCAUAUGUAAAUACAUUCUUAUUUAUAUUUGCAAUAUAACGUGGCUUGCCUAUGUUACAUCUUUGAUGCAUCUGUUACAGAAGAUAAGUCAUGUUGUUAAAAUGGGUGAUGUUUGAGCUCAAUAAAUAUUUUGGCAAUUAAUUAAAACUUAUCUGGGUCACUCUUUAAAUAUAUGUAGUGAGAGGUUAAGUAUGAGCAAGAGAAACAUCCCAAAAUCUUCUUAAAUCAAUUAUUCCUACAUACUGUAUCAUACAAUGUACACACUGAAUUUUGUGCAAAAUGUUUUGUUUAUUGAGUAGAGGGAAAAUAUGUGACAAUAAAAUACACAAACAUCUGAA